AUGGAUUUGGAACCCUCGGCCGAUAUGGACAAAUUGGAUCUGCAAGCUGAGAGAAACUAUGACGAGCUGGGACUAAAGAUGGACGAGCUGAUCGACGCGUUAGCAUCACACCCCGAAGUGCAACCACCAACCCCACACCCGACGGCCUUCUUCCUACUCAGCUUCAUUCGCGCCACCCGCGAGCACCUGCGGAACAUCGACUUCCAGAAACUCGCCGAAGGCGGCAGUAAAGAGAGCCAGGCCCUGCGCGAUGUCAUCGGGCGGAAUUGGUUCGCCAAUAUGAUCCUCAACGACCAGUCGGGCGCUUUAUCGCUGGUGACGCCAGGCGACGGAUCGCACUCUAUCCAGAUCGGCCCAGAUAUCAAGGCAAAAGCGAAAGCGUUGCAUGAUUUCUGGGGGCUCAAGUCGGACUGA